AUGUUGCCGAUGUGGUGCCGCCGCUGAUGAUGAUGAUAUUGAUGAUGGGCUUUAGUGGUUUUCCUUUUGAUUUUAAAAGUUCAUUUCGCUUUGAAAACGUUAACGAUUAAGUUGUGCCUCGCGCUUUAUUUUAGUGCGUCUUGCAACGCGGUGUUUAAAAAAAAACUUUAUUUCCUUACACAAUUUUGGAUUACAUACAACUAUUUUUUACACAAAGCUCUUUCACAAUUUUUUUGGAUUACUAUAGUUUUUUCUAGUACAACAUGUUAAGGAUAAAUUUAUAUAUUUGCACGUUUAUAUGUGCAAUUGUUUUAACUAUAACAAACACAGUACUAGGACAAGAGUCAUCAUUCUUAAGAAAACCAUGGCCAACAUACAGUCUACAAAAUAUGCCACAAACACGAUUCACAUGUCAUGACAAAAUACUUGGCGGUUAUUAUGCAGAUCCGGAGGCUCAAUGUCAGAUGUUUCAUGUCUGCGUUAAAGUUGCUGGAGUAGGGGUACAAGAUUUUCGUUUCUUAUGUCCAAAUGGUACGGCAUUUGAUCAAGAAGCCCAAAUUUGUGCCGAUUGGGGUGAUGUAGAUUGUGAGCAAUCUGUUCUUUACUAUGGAAGUGAUAAUUUUGAUCUUUAUCGCUUGGGUUCAGGAUUUGAGAGUAAACGAGCUCCUUUGGCUGAGGAAGAUGAGUCCACAUUCCAUUUGCAAAGAGCUGAAAGUGGUGAUGUAAGACGUUUUAAAGAAACUCGUGUAGAUCAAAAGUCACGCCCUGAUCAACCACCUAAUUACACAAAACACUUUGAAACUGUAACGCGUGGUACCUUUAAUAGCAACAGCAAUUCAAAUCACAACAACAAUAAUUAUGUGAAUACACAGCAGCAGCAACAUGUUAAGACGAAGAAACAAAAACAACCAACGGAAAUAACAAAGAAACCCAUUGUCAGUUAUUAUACACCGACUUCAACAACAACGACCACAGAACGUAAUUAUAAUGAUGAUUCAAAACAAGAUCUAGAUGACAUAUUCAAAGGUUCCCACAGUUCACAUUUCUUUUCUAAUCGCAAUGGCGGUCGUGAAGAUGACUUUUUGGAUCAUCCCGUUAAACCCUCACUAAAACCUAACGAUUUUUCUGAUUUUAGCAAAAAAUCAGAAGCUUCUACUAUUGGCAAAUCCCGUGUAACACCCACCAGACCAAAGCGACCUUUACAAACAACAACCACCACAUUAGCUAGUACUACAACGACUACUGCAGCUCCCAAGACAGCGAAAAAAGUAACUCAACAUUCAUAUUACAAUACCGAUUUCUAUGACUUUACACCAGUUAGAUCUACAACUUCAGCAAGCACAUCAUUCUCCACCGCCCUCGUUACCACACCUCGCCCGCUAGUACAGGCUCAAAGUAAUGCUAAUCGUUUUAAUAUUGGUCUAAACGAUUAUCAAACUCAAGCUAAAAUACAACCAACAACUUAUAAUCCUAACCGUUAUAAACCAACUACAACAAAAUAUACUGAAUUUAAACGUGACAAGGCCGAGACUGGUGUACAUAACAAAGCUACAGGAAAUACUAAAAAAGCACAAAAAUUUGAACAAACACAACAGAAAUUAAAUCCACAAAAUUCAACAUUCGUAAAAUACAAUGAAUUUAAUGAUUUUGCCAAAAUUAAAACUCAACCACCGCAACCAUUCCAACCUCAACCGCCAGCCAAAAUCUUCGAAGCUCCUGCAAAAACAAGUGCAGAACCACAAUUUUAUCGUUCACGUGGUCAAGCUCGUAUAAAUAAUCAACAACCAGAACCUUUCCGUGCACCGCAAAGGCAAACCGUUAAGCCCACAGAAAAGGUCAAAGAGAAGCCUACAGUAGCGGUAAAGGCUGAUGUAAAACCAAGAGGAUUCGUUAGUCGCGGUAGUAUUAACUAUAAAGCCACAACCCAACGUGAUAGUGAAACUUAUCCCACUACCACCAGCAAUAAUCACAAAAAGUUUUCCACCUUAGUGCCCAAGGAUAAAUACGCACCGACCACAUUUAAGCCCUCCACUUAUAAAAAGUCCUAUGAAAGCAAUUACUAUCAAAAUCAGCAGACCAUAAGACCUUCCAACCAGCCACAGAAAACCCAAACAACAGCUACUUCGACCACUAUUUACACUACACCUAAUCCAUACUAUAAUCCCGACGAGGAUGAUGGUCAAUAUCAUCCUGAAUUAUAUGAAAUUGAUUAUUCUAGAAAUAAUUUUAAUCGACAAAGACAUACUAGCAGUCCUACGACCACUUCUACAACUAGCACCACUACAACUACACAAAAACCUUUUAAGCAAAAUUAUCACAAUCCUGUCAAUCAUUUGAAGAGUCAACAGCAGACUUCUUAUAUUAAAGAACAAACUGCUGCAGCGGAUUUUAGCGAGGAAGACGAACUAUUCAAAACUGCACAAUCCUUGAAUUUUGGAGCUGCCAGCAUUAAUAAAUUACGAGCAGAUAUUUUUAAGGCGGAAAAAACUUCGCAACAAUACAAUUCACAAUAUAAUCCACACAAUUCCAUAACUAGUCCAAAGACAACAACCACUUCAACACCGAUUUCAACAACCACAACUUAUUUCACCUAUCCCUCGUAUUCUACCACAACACAAACUACUUCACGUCCCACAACAUAUAUAGUACCGUCCACAACCACUACAACUACCACGACCACCACCACAAGACGGCCAACUACAAUUACCAACACUCCAACCAAGUACACCACUGCUUAUCCAUUGAAUAUUACCAAGAGUGGUAAACAUGCGGAUAAGUUGGAGAAGAAAUUGAAAAAGAAUGAAAAUGAAAACAAGAAAAAGACUUCAAAGAGACCAGCACACGCCGAUGAAGAUACCAGUUAUGAUUAUGCCUACUACGAUUCGGAUACUUUAAGUGAAUCGCCACAGGAAUAUCCGGAAUAUGAAAUUCAAGAAUUUACUAAAACUAAAAGAAAUUAGGCGGUAAAAUUAGAAAGAUGAAUCAAUAGUACUACUAAUAAAAAAAGAUCAUAAACGUAAAACAAUUUUACAAACACUGUAAUUAAAAUAUGUCAUUGUCUUUAUAAAAACGUUUUUUGUAGAAAAUAUUUAUUUUGAAAAACAAAUGGGAAACAAUAUUUUUUCUAAAAUUUAGAUUUUAUUAAAGAAAAUGACAAAAAAACUAGAUAUCUUAGAGCCAUCAUUCAAUUUAUUAGAAUUAAUAUUUUUUCAAGUAUGACAAUGACUGUUUUGUUUAAAUACA